AUGUCCAAUCUACCACCGAUCGUUUGUGAUACCGGAUCAAGUAUGAUUAAAUGCGGCCUAUGCACUUCCGAGACCCCCAGUGUCCAGCUACCCGCUGCUGUAGCUCGACGCACUUUGGGAAUCGACGGACUGUUCUUCGAUGCUGAGGAAAGUGACGAUGAGGAGAAUUUCAACAACACCAACACCACUACUAGGAAGCGGCAGUUGAACCACUCACCCUCAGCCUCCUCGGCUUCCACGGCCUUUCGAGGCUCAACUUUGGUCGGUUACGAGGCCUUGGCUGCAGCUGAUCAAUCUGGGGUUAAUGCCAAUUACCCUCUUAUUAACGGUAUUGUCACCGACUGGGAGGACAUGCUCCUAGUGUGGGACUACGCUUUCAAAGAGCUCGUCCAGGGAGGACACCGACGGGCAUCAUCAUCGAAGCGGAUGAAGCUGGAGGAGGGCAGGCCGGUUCCUAUGUGUGUUGGUGAGGAUGCCGAGGAGUGGUUGGAGGAGUUGAAGGGUCGGAAAAUUGUCCAAACGGAAGCCGCGUGUAACCCUACCCAAAAUCGAGAGAGGAUCCUUACUGAGAUGUUCGAACGAUAUUCUUUCGAGUGCGUCAACGUCUCAGUUCAGGCCGUCUUGUCCCUCCUAGCAACUGGCCAGCGGAUCGGCAUGGUCGUCGACUCGGGUGAUGGUGUAACCCACGUAGUCCCAGUCUACGAAGGCUUCGUGUUGCAACCGUGUGUGAAAAGGAUGGCAAUAGCAGGAAGGACCAUAACGCGCCAGUUGGCUUAUCUCGUUACGCACACUUCGGGGAAUCGUGUCAAGGGGUUAAAGCAUCUCAAUACGAUGCGUGAAUGGAAAGAAGACCACUGCUUCGUCUCUGAGGACCCCUCUAGUAGUAAAGCUGAGGCCAGGAAAAAUAAGCUCAACCGUUUCGUCCACUUACCCGACGGCACUGAAGUGGCCAUCGGUGCGGAGCGGUAUCUUGCUCCAGAAAUUCUAUUCACGCCGGCAUAUGCUGUUGAUGAAGUGUUCAAGGACCAACCGGGGCUGCAAGGGACGCUGAUAGAGGCGAUCGACUCGUCGCCACUGGACAUCCGAGAAUCGCUACAGCAGUCAGUACUGCUAUCUGGUGGCAACACCCUACUAGAAGGAUUCGGUCGUCGCUUGAAGGGUGAGCUCAGCAAGGUGUANNNNACCCACUGCCUCACAGCCACCGACGACUGCAGUUUACUACUGUCCGAAAUAUACUAG